GUGGCCCGGCGGCGUCUGGCCCAGGCGAGGUGAAACCGCGGGAGUUCCGGCGGGAGGCCCGUGCUGACGGCCCGCACCUUCACCAUGGCCUCGGCCGAGCUGGAUUACAGCAUCGAGAUCCCGGAUCAGCCCUGCUGGAGCCAGAGGACCCCCAGCCAAGGUGGGAAGGAGGCCAGGAAGCAGCUGCCUGUGGUGAUUCUCUUGGGCUGGGGUGGCUGCAGGGACAAGAAUCUGGCCAAGUAUAGUGCCAUCUACCACAAAAGGGGCUGCAUUGUGAUCCGAUACACGGCCCCCUGGCACAUGGUCUUCUUCUCUGAGUCCUUGGGCAUCCCCUCACUUCGUGUGAUGGCCCAGAAGCUGCUCGAGCUCCUCUUUGACUACGAGAUUGAGAGGGAACCGCUGCUCUUCCACGUCUUCAGCAACGCUGGCGUCAUGCUCUACCGCUAUGUGCUGGAGCUCCUACAGACCCACCCGCGCUUCAGCCACCUGCACGUGGUGGGCACCAUCUUUGACAGUGGUCCUGGUGACCGCAACCUGGUAGGGGCCCUGAGGGCCCUGGCAACCAUCCUGGAGCGCUGGCCUGCUGUGCUGCGCCUGUUGCUCCUGGUGGCUUUUGCCAUGGUCAUAGUCCUGUUCCACUUCCUGCUCGCUCCGUUCACGGCCCUCUUCCACACCCACUUCUAUGACUGGCUGCAGGACUCGGGCUCCCACUGGCCUGAGCUCUACCUCUACUCCAAAGCUGAUGCAGUGGUCUCAGCCAGAGACGUGGAACACAUGGUAGCGGCACGCCUGGCUCACCAGGUCCUGGUGCGCUCGGUAGACUUUGUGUCAUCUGCACAUGUCAGUCACCUCCGUGACUAUCCUACUUACUAUACAAGUCUGUGUGUCGACUUCAUGCAAAACUGUGUCCAGUGCUGAGGUUCUGCUCCAGAAAUAAACGUCGGGCACCUCCCUUCAACCUGCAUCUGUCCUGGGGGCUGCUGCCAUGGCUGCUCCCACAGACCUUGGGGUGGGAGUGCCAGG